AUGACGAAUAAAUUAUCUGGUAGAGGUGUAUUUCUUGAAGAUUUGGCAGGCUUGAAUGAUGAAUUGUUGAAGAAUUUAAUGUUUUUGAAAAGAUACGAUGAUUUAAGUUUAUAUUUUUCCGUCGAUGAAGAAAUUGAUGAUAAAAUAAUUUCAAAAGAUCUUAAACAUGUAAAUUAUUGUUAUUCAUGUUAUUCAUGCUAUCAUGCUAUUCUUGUUGAUUUCAAUCGAUUAUUCCUAAAAAUUGUUAUUUCUGGAGAUGACGAUGAUUGGGAUAUCACAGAUUUGAGGAGAUGUACAGAGUAUAAAGAAGGUUAUUUUGAUCAACAUCCUUGUAUAAGAAACUUCUGGUCAAUUUUAGAAGAUUUUAAAUCCAAUGAUAAGAAAGCAUUGUUAAAAUUUGUUACAAGUUGUUCAAAGCCUCCACUUGGUGGUUUCAAAUUCUUAACUCCUAAAUUUACAAUUUGUAAAGUAUCAAUUGUGCUUGAAUCUGACUCACCAUUAUCAACAACAACACCAAAUAGUAAUAAUUUAUCAUCAAAUUUAAGACAAGUUAAAUCUUUAUUUUCUUCAAUUUCCUCCAAUUUAAAAACUUCUGUUACUAAUACAAGUAAAGCCAGAUUACCAACAAGUUCCACAUGGUAA